GCCCUGCCCUCCCCCUGCAGCAAGCUGCUCUUUCGGUGUCUCGGUGUGCCUGUGUCUCUCUUCUGGAGACACCUGCGCUUCCCAGCCCUUCUCCUCCGCCCUUUUUUGCUAUUACCGAGCCGCUGUCUUUGGGGACCAAGGAGUCGUAGCAGCAGGAGAAGAGGGUAGAAGAGGGUUGGGGGCGGGGUGGGUGGGGAAAGACUUAGGAAGGGGUGUGGACAGCAGCCACUCUGCAGCUGGCCGCCUGGGACCCCGCUUCCCUCGUGUGCCCCUCGGAGUGAUGGAGAGGAAGAGACUCGCUUAGACACGCACGCAGCUGGGCGCCUCUCCGGGAGGCGAUGGUGGCGGCGGCCGCAGCUGCUCUGCUUACAAGAGGGAGCGGGCGGCGCCUGAUUCAGCUCAGCUCUGGCUGUGCCACGGGGAGCGCCCCGUAAGCCUAGAGCUCGCUGAGUGGCUCUCGGGCGCCGGCUACAAGCGAGAAGAAAACCACCCAGAAGCUGCUUUGACUGUUGCUCUUUUUUUGAGAGGGUGGAGGCGAGAUCUGGGAGGGCGCUCCUUCAGCUGUCACUGCGGAACAGGGUCUUAUCCCCUCCUAGCGCAGGGUCUGGGGACAGCGCAGGGUACAUAUGCGGAGACGAGGAUGCGCACCUUCUCCGGCGCACAGUCACAAGGCAUUGGGAGAACUGGAACUGGGACUCCGGAGCCAGCUUUUGCCGUGUCCUAGCCGCGGUAACGCGCCCAGCUGCACCUGGCCUCUGCCUCUCUGGGAAGUGCAGGAAACGCAUCCUAAACUCCACUACUUUCCUCCUCCCGCUCCUCCCACCUUCACUCCUCCCUCCUUUCCGCCUCCCUCCCUCCCCAAUAUUUCUCUGCCUGCGUGUCUCUCCCUGCUCAUACAUACACACAUCACCACUCGGUCACUCACUGACUCACUCAGUCUCGCGCUCUGAUGAACUGAAUUCCCAAUCUCAGAAACAAGCCAUCCAACUUAGGAGCCUGGCCACAAAAGCCACAUAUUUGCCCUCCACCCAGACGGCCACAGCAUUAGUGAGUCCAUCGCCCGCCUGCCGGUCCGGCUGCCCGCCUCCACCUCGGAUUUCCUUCAGCGGCAGUGGCUUCAGGAUGCCCGCAUCAUCAAGCAACACAUGAAUAGGAGUGAAGGAUAUAGAUCAUGACUGAAGUCCGCAGUUGGAUUUUGACAAGACUCAACAAGUUGCUGAUUACCCCAGCAGUGAUGCCUCGGUUACUUAGCUGCAUUCCUGGAGUCCCUUCAGUAGUCUCCUAGGCAAGUCUUGAAGCCUUUGGAAUUAAAGACAGGAUCCAAGAAAUCUAUUCUUCUUUGUAUGUUCCCACGAUAUAGAUGUGCAGGAUUUUCCGAAUGAUCAUACGGACACAAAGAUUGAAGAAGUCCUGAAGAUUGAUGGAGGGCCAUGCUAUUCAAACAGCAGGCGUUGCUGAGACAGAAGCUCUUUGUGCUGGGAAGUCUUGCUAUUGGAAGUCUUCUAUAUCUAGUUGCCAGAGUUGGGAGCUUGGAUAGACUACAACCCAUUUGCCCAAUUGAAGGUCGAUUUGGAGCCCGCAGUCAGGCUGAGAUCCCACUUCGGGCACUGCAAUUCAAACGUGGCCUUCUCCACGAGUUCCGGAAAGGCAACGCCACCAAGGAGCAGAUUCGACUCCAUAACCUGGUCCAGCAACUCCCAAAAGCUAUCAUCAUUGGGGUGAGGAAAGGAGGUACCAGAGCCCUACUUGAGAUGCUAAAUCUCCAUCCUGCUGUGGUUAAAGCCUCCCAGGAAAUCCACUUUUUUGAUAAUGAUGAGAAUUAUGCCAAGGGCAUUGAGUGGUACAGGAAGAAAAUGCCAUUUUCAUACCCUCAGCAAAUCACCAUUGAGAAGAGUCCUGCCUAUUUUAUUACAGAAGAAGUACCAGAAAGGAUUUACAAAAUGAACUCAUCUAUCAAGUUGCUGAUCAUUGUCAGGGAACCCACAACAAGAGCUAUUUCUGAUUACACUCAGGUGCUAGAGGGGAAGGAGAGGAAGAAUAAAACCUACUACAAAUUUGAAAAGCUGGCAAUAGACUCUAAUACCUGUGAAGUGAACACUAAAUAUAAGGCUGUGAGGACCAGCAUCUAUACAAAACAUCUGGAGAGAUGGCUGAAAUACUUUCCAAUUGAGCAGUUUCACAUAGUAGAUGGAGAUCGACUCAUUACAGAACCACUGCCAGAACUCCAGUUAGUGGAGAAGUUCCUCAAUCUUCCUCCCAGGAUCAGUCAAUACAAUUUAUACUUCAAUGCUACAAGGGGGUUUUACUGCCUGCGGUUUAACAUUGUCUUUAACAAGUGCCUGGCAGGCAGCAAGGGACGCAUUCAUCCAGAGGUAGAUCCCUCUGUAAUUACCAAAUUGCGCAAAUUCUUUCACCCUUUCAAUCAAAAAUUCUACCAGAUCACUGGGAGAACAUUGAACUGGCCCUAAAUGAAUAUAUUCUACAACACUGUGUGUUGCACCAGGAGGGACACAGUGUCUUCUUUAGAUUCAAAUAUGCACUUUUCCAAAACACAGCUAUAAAGUCUUUUUUUUUUCACCCCAUGAAUACUUGUACAUAUGCAGUGUGUGACCAAAUAUACAGCGGGACCCAUUUUUUUCUACUGAGAAGUAAACUGAAAACAAUUUAAUCUCUACAUAGUUGUAUCUUUUUUUAGGCUAUUUAGAAAAAGAAGAGGUGGUAUUUGAGAGUGGUAAAUGAAUUCAGCUCUUCUUCAAAGAGUUAGUCUUCCUUUGACUCAAAGUUAUCACUUGCCAUUUUCAUAGAUCUAAGCCAAAUGAUUAAUAUAUGAGAAUAUACAUUGGGUUGUGAAGCUUCAGGAUAGAUCAGGAAGUAUAGGAUGAAGAACAUAUAAGAUAUGCAUAUUUCUAAGGGAAUACUGACUCUUUCAUUCAGAUGCUGAAUUAGUGCCGUAAAACUGAGUCAUAUACUGUUUUUGUCUUUUUUCUAAGAAUGUCUUAUCUCAUAACAAUUUGACAUCGUUCCAAAGUUCUCAUAGUGAGUUUGCACUAUUGUUUUUUCGUAUGGACUAUUGUGUCACCCAUAGCAUGUCAAUCACAUGUCCAAGAGUCCAACCUUUUACCCUCUAUGUUGUACGUCAACAAAGAGAAAUGUUGUGUACAUAGUGUACAUUGCUUGUAAAUACUGGUUUCACAAUAAGUAAUUCUAUUUUGUAAACUGAAUAUGGCUAUUUAAUUUAUUGUGGAAAUUAAAUUUAUUGUGGUAUUUAAAAAGGGAAUGGAUUAAAAUGACUAUAUGUGAAAUUUCUUUUCAAUUUAUUUUCCUAUACCUCCUGCUGACUCUAUAGGUCAUCAAUGUGUGUCUGCAGAUGAAAGGGUAUAAGAAGUAUGUACACUCCUCCUUUUAAUAUUUUACCCUUGAGGAAAUGUAUUUGUGAAGUGAAGCAAAAAAUCUCAGCCAUCUGGAAAUCAGGUCUAAUAACCAUCUCAGAGAAUACUAGUGCUAAUCAGCUACAACUUUGCAACAAUUAAUUCAUUCCCUCACAUUUGCUUCCCUUGUGCUAGAAGAGCAACAAGGAACAUAUGAAUAGAACAAGGCAUAGUGUUAACAACAAAACAUUUUCCUGGAUGCUCUAAUCAAAGUCAGCCCAGCAGAGAAAUUAGAUCAAAUAAGAUGAGACCAUUUCUACAAUCUGUUUAGACCAAAAGCUGCUGAUGUUUCAGAAAAGAAGGCAAGAUUUCAAUCCUCACUCUUUGAAAUGAAAAUAUAUUAGACUGCUCAAAAAUGAUCAAGUUGCAGGCAGUGUAGUUAUUACCAGCAUCAACAUAUGGCUCAUUUUUUUUCAUCCAGGGAAAUGAAUACUAAAUUGUGUGUCUUACAAACAUUAGACAUACUGUAUUAUGCUUAAAUAUGUAUCAGAAAAACAAGGAAAGAGGUGUAAACAAAAACAAACUACAUUUCCAUGGUUUCAAAGGAUCUUAGAUUUAGUUAGAACAGACGAGCUCUACCUGUUUUUACAGGUAAGGAUACUGACACCCAAAAAGAUCCACUCAGUGUCACACAGGUAAUAAGUGGCAGAGGAGGAAUUUGAAUCCAGGUCCACAGACUCUAGCUCCAGGACUCUUUUUCUUACACAGUUCUGCCUCUCUCAAAAGCUGUACAAGGACAGAUGUUUUAGAAAACAUGGACCAAUAAGAUAUUGGUAGGCACUAUAGAAAUAAGUCAAUUAAAAUGACCAGGCUACAAGAAGGUUGUAGUUCCCCAAAGGAUAUUUGUCCUAUUCCAUGAUUUGACAAUGUGCUUUUAUGAAUAAGUGGCUUUUCCAUUUCCAGUAAUACUCCACAUUGCUAGUCUAGUUGUGAUAUUUUAAUCACCUAUGCAAGUUUAAUUAAUAACAGAUGCCAUUUCUCUCAGUGUCUGCAUAGACCUGCCACUCAGAACACAUGUUUAGGGCUAAGGGCUCACACUAUAUAUUCUGCUAAGAGGAUUCCAGGGUGACAUUCCAAGAUCUAAUGUAUAAAAAAAAAAAUUUUCUUCUUGAGUGAUAAACAAAGUCAGAUUUAAAAACAUGAGUCUAAUUCUUCCUAAUACCCAAACAUAGGAGAACAAUUUUAGAGCAUGGAGGCCUUGUUGAUGUUCUUUGUUUAAUCAGUGGAUCCAUCUUUCAUCCUUCUACAUUUCACUAACAUAUACCUAUAUGCCAAAAAACAGGAAUUAGCUAUCUAUUACCACAAUUAUAAAAGUAUUUUCAAAAGUUUGCUGGUAAAAGAUUAAGAACCAGCUUACUGUAUGUAUGUAUACACAUAUAUAGAUAUAUGUAUGUAUGUAU